CCUAUAGUCUUUGCUACAAAAUGAAACAAUUUUUCAGUUUGCUUCUGUAGGUCGUUUGUCCUUUGCAGUAACAGGUUGUGUGUUAAAAGUCAGUCUUGGGAAUCUGUUGAGACCAGAAAUUAGCGGAGUGUCUUAGAGGAGAGCCUAGGGUGUCCUGACUGAGUCCUGGUACGGGAAGAGUCGAUCUGUUUGCUCCGGAAGGAGGCCCGAGAAUUGUGCUCAACUUUUGCUUUUUCAGAGUCCACAAUUGUGCCGUGGCGUAACUGUCUGCCGAUAGGGAGUUGGUAAUACAUUACGUGACGGGGUUACCAGGGCCAUUCGAGCUUUUCAGCAAGUUCUUUACAUCGAUCCUGGCUUCCAGCGGGCCAAUGAAGUUCAUUUAAGGCUGGGUCAUAUGUUUAAAGUCAACUCUGACUACGAAUCCAGCUUGAAACACUACCAGCUUGCUUUGAUUGAUUCAGGUCUCUGCUCUCUCACUAAAGCAGAAAUCAAGUUCCAUAUUGCCCACUUGCAUGAAAUACAGGUACAAGGCAAGUUGCAGACAUCAGUAGAAGCGUAUGAGGAGCUUUUAUCCUGUAACCCUCUACCUGAUACGGUCAAAGCUAAUACACUCAGACAACUAGGUUGGCUGAACCAUAGCUGCGAACAACUUGGUGAUAAUUCUACCAGGGAGACCAAAGCAAUCCAGUUCCUGAUUAAGUCGCUGGAGGUAGACCCUAACAGCGGCCAGUCCUGGUACUUUCUCGGUCGGUGUUACUCCAGUGGUGGUAAGGUCCACGAUGCCUUCACGUCUUACCGGCAUUCUAUCGACAAAUCUGAAGCAAACGCCGACACCUGGUGCUCAAUAGGGGUCCUCUACCAGCAACAGAACCAACCUAUGGACGCCCUACAGGCUUACAUAUGCGCAGUACAACUAGAUAAGUCGCACGUAGCAGCCUGGACAGACCUUGGUAUACUAUAUGAAGCUUGCAGUCAACCGACUUCUCCUUCCUGCAGUGAUGCACUGACGUGCUACAUGAACGCCUCGAAGUGUUCCAAGAACAACAACGCCACGGCGUUGGCCCCCAGGAUCAAGCUACUGCAGGCACAGGUCAACGCACUGCCUAAUCUACAUAUGCAAACCAAAAACAAAGCACUGCCAAGCAUUGAAGAAGCAUGGAGUCUUCCUAUACCUGCUGAGCUGACAUCGCGGCAAAGUAACAUGAACACCAUCCAACAAGCUCGCAUGAUUCCACCCUCAGUGGCUGUCACCAAAGCCAUGCCUCCCCCUCCCUACCCAAACCAACUAACCAAUCAACUCACUGUGCCCAAUACCGCUGCUACUGCUGCUGCUGCUGUUGCACCCAAUUGCCUCCAGACGCCCGUCUCAAUGGGUGGACAGAGUACCACCUCAUCCACCCCUCAGCCCGGCAAUGCACCCAAGCGCCGAAAAAACUCUGCUUCACAAAAGAAGAAGUCUUCCACCUCAGUAGCUGAGCUCCUGAGUAUACAGCAGCAACAACAGCAGCUGCUGCAGCAACAGCAGCAACAGCAGGUUAUCAAUCAGCAGACCAGCACUGCACCCAAUCAGCCGCCACAACAACAGCAACAACAGCCUGCGCCAGCCCCUACGCCACCGGCACCUUCUCAACAGCAGCAGGCGCCCUCACCGCCGCUGUUCUACCUUACUCCGCAGCAGGUGGCGUUGCUGCAGCAGUUGCAGCAGAACCAGGCCAACCUGAACCCAGAGCAGACAGUCGUCAUGCAGCAUCUGCAGCACAGUCUGUGGCUCAUGCAGCAACACCAUCAGCAGAUGUUGAAAAUGCAUCAACAGAUGCAGCAGCAGCAACAACAGCAGCAAGGUGGGCACCAGCAACUCCCAACAAAUGGUGCAAAUGGUGGACAACCCCAACUUGGAAGCCUUCCUAGUUUAAACCAACUUGGGGAUCCAAGUCCCUCGAACACUCAGUCCCGGGCUGCCACGGUAGGAACCCCAACGGACGCGCUACCUACUUCAAACGGAAACAUGAACUUUGAUUUACUAAGUCGGACAUCUGCAGGAAGGAAUAUGGUAGCACCAGGCGCGAGUGUCGUCACAACAGCCAACGGGGGAGGGCAGGUGGUGUGCACAGGUGGAGCAUUUGUACCCUCAGGAAAUGCCGUCACCAGUGUAGCCGGAUUUGGAAACCUAGGCAUUGUUGUGUCCAGUGCAGUGUCACAUGCGCAAGGAGUGAACUUUGCACGGCACCCUUCCCCUGCCAGCACACCGAAACUCCAGGAGUUAUUCAAUAAUCAGGCUGUACCCGGGGUCUCACUGCAGAGCCGCUCUGGUACAGCCUCCCCUCUUCAUGUGCCAAAGAGGAUUGUAACUCCACCGGGGUCUGCAGGCAGCCCUGGGCACUCCCAGACCCCACUCCAGAAGACCAUGGACUUCCCGGCACCCAAUGUGGUUGCCCCACAAAAUGUGGACAUGAAUCAGAAACUGGCCGAGUUCAAAUCCAGGACUGGUGGCGUGGAGGCCCCAAGUCUCAUGUCCCCUCAGGAAAUAGCUGAUUCCAUGCUGGCGCAGCUCUCCCACACAGACACUGCCACAAGCAAAAGCAGUGGGACCUCCUUUAUAGGUGGGGCUAGCUCCCCCAGUGUUAACAAUGCCUUGUCUGGUGAGAACCCUGCAGGUUUAAGACAACACAGUAGCGCAGGCAAUGCAUUCUUCAGUACUAUGCCACAUGGCAUGGGGACAGGGACAGUGCAUGAUUCAAUUAGCUCCAUCAAGCAAGACAGUGGCAGCAGUGGGAUCUUCAAGACUCCACCGCCAGUCACCUCCAGCAUCAACUCAUAUGAGAGCAUCCUCUCGCAAACAUUCCACUCUGGCAACGUCGACAGCAAGCCGAAGACUCCAGAGCACCGAACUGCUGGGCUUGGUUCAUCGGGUAUGCACCCCCCAAGCUCUGUCCAUCACCACUCCUCACUGGAUGGACUGAACAAUGUCAUUUCGGGUCUGAGUAGCCCUGUCUCAAACUCUAUGUCCUCCUCUCCCAUUCAUGGGGGGUCGCAAAGCACUACCUCAUCCGGUAGUGUAGCAAACCGCUUGUCACAGUUAGAGAAUGCACCCAAAGAGUUUGGUUUGAACUCUAUAUCUGGCAUUGGAUCGCCGUCUGGUAUCCCGUCUCUUAGAAGGAGUAGUGGGUUAGACACCUGUGUACAGAAUCAUGUUAAUGGAAUGGGGACUGGUCAAUAUGAUCAGCACCUCUCAAUAAACACAUCUAACGCGGCGGGUCCAGGUGGCCAUUCAACUUCCCCCUGCCUCUCUCCAUCUGGCCUCUCAAUCUACUCCAGCUCAGCGAAGGUCCUAGAGGCGUGCCGGAAGCUGGGCAAGAAUGGCCUGAGGAACAACAGCAUCCUACUGGAGAAGAUGCCCCCACCAGCUCCCCCAGAGCCCCCGUACCCACCCCUUCCAAAAGACCAGCUCAACCCAGCAACGCCUAGUGUUUAUGUGGAGACGAAAGAUGAUGCUUAUUCGCCAGCCCUAGCAGAAUACUGCAAAUCUCACAAUCAGCCAAUCACGGUAAUCCGUGGCCUGGCUGCUGCCCUCAAGUUGGAUCUGGGCCUCUUCUCAACGAAGACGCUUGUAGAAACGCACGGUGAUCAUCCGGUGGAAGUCAGAACACAGAGACAACAACCACCAGAUGAGAACUGGGAUCAGGCCGGUCUGAAGAAGGUUUGGAAAUGUGAGAGUAGUAGAUCCUUCUCUACCAUUACAAGAUACGCUCAGUAUCAAGCCUCAUCGUUCCAGGAAAGCCUUAGGGAGGAAGCCGAGAAGAACUCCAGACUUAAUUCAGAUGACCCAUUCUCAGCGAAAAGGAAAAAGAAGACAAACGGAGCGCCGGCGACUACAACUCUACGGGAAGGAGGCGGUCGAGAAUUUAAAAUGCUCAAAUUUGGAACCAAUGUUGAUCUGUCCGAUGAGCGGAAAUGGAAGAAGCAGUUACAUGAGUUGACGAAGCUGCCAUCAUUCACACGCAUCGUUUCACCAGGUAACAUCCUGAGUCAUGUGGGUCACUCCAUACUGGGAAUGAAUACAGUCCAGCUCUAUAUGAAGGUACCGGGAAGCAGAACGCCUGGGCAUCAAGAGAACAACAACAUGUGUUCAGUCAAUGUGAACAUCGGACCGGGAGACUGUGAGUGGUUUGCGGUGCCCAAUGCGUACUGGGGCGCCAUCUGCAGUCUAACUGAGAGAUAUAACAUCAACUUCUUGAAAGGGUCAUGGUGGCCAGUGUUGGAGGAUUUAUAUGAAGAGAAUGUUCCUGUGUAUAGAUUCAUCCAGAGACCAGGAGACUUAGUAUGGGUUAAUGCUGGGGCUGUGCAUUGGGUACAGGCUGUGGGAUGGUGCAAUAACAUAGCGUGGAAUGUAGGGCCACUGAUCAACAAUCAGUACAAGUUAUCAGUGGAGCGCUACGAGUGGAACAAGCUGCAGGGAUAUAAGUCCAUCGUUCCCAUGGUCCAUCUCUCAUGGAACAUGGCCAGACAUAUCAAGAUCACAGAGCCUAGACUCUUUGAGAUGAUCAAAUACUGCUUACUGAGGACGCUGAAGCAGACUCAGAUGACGUUAGAUUUCCUUCAUGAGAUCGGGGUGGAGGUGCACUGGCACGGCAGAGCCAAGAAUGAAACGGCGCAUUACUGCGUCAACUGUGAGGUGGAGGUGUUUAAUAUUCUAUUCACGACGGAGAAGGAUCGUAAGUACGAGGUACACUGCCAAGACUGCACUAGGAAGGCUAGCCAUAACCUUGAAGGCUUUGUUGUCUUACAGCAGUACAAACUAGAAGAUCUUAUGGAAGCAUAUGACAACUUCACCAUUCAUGUACCUUCAGAGAAAGACGAGAACAAAAAUUCAACAUGACGGAGGCCCAGCAGCCACUAAGCUGCUGCGGAGUACCAGCUAUGGUCUACAACCUUAACAUAAAUGACGAUGACACAGCAGUGAAGAAACUAAACAAAGAAAUCGCAGACGUGAACAAAAGAAACAACCCAAGAAGGAUGAAAUGUGGGUAGGAAGGAAACAUCCCAAAGUAAUCCUACCAGGAGUAUCUAUGACUAGUCACAGUGUCUAGUCAUUGUCAUUCAUGUUGAAUGUCUAUAGAUUUCAAGAAGCCAGCAUGGAUAGCUCCUCUCUUCAAAGGGGAUUUUACCCUCUCAAGAUUUGAUAGAAAUGAACUACAAAGUCACAGCAUCACAAGAAAAAAAGGCAAUAAAAUAACUGUCCCCGUCUAUUAAUACUCAGUCUCCAUGAUGAUGGAAGUAAUAUUCCGCAGAAGAAAUUUGCUGGAGAGUAAUCUCUGUUGGUCCUCCCCCGAGUGCAAACCAUUUGUUGCUCAGCAGAAACACCCAUCUGGAGUUGCUCAUAUCACUACAACUCGCCUAACUGUGAAUUAUUGAGAAGAAAAGACAAAUAGGUCCACAAGUUUGUUAGGAUGGAGUCAACCUGUAAUAAGUCCAUAAGGCCACAUCUUAUCAAGAUAGAUGACUACCUCAUUCUUUGGAAAUGUGGGGUGUGGAAUUUCACCAUCAUCAAAUUCACACUCAAUGAUCAUUGAAUGGGAUUAUCAGACAGGCUCAUCUCGUUGAGCAGCUUUUUAAAUUUGGCCAAAGUUGUUGAGUUAUGUACACACACACACAUCUACACCAUCAAGGCACAAGUCAUCCUACAUUAAAUACUCAAGUUCUUCAUCAUAAAACAACUGCCACCUUGGUCUGAUCUCCCGUAUCCGACAAUAAUAAUACUGCAUGGCAUCUUGGGAACCUGGCUAUUUCAUGUCAAGGCGUGGACUUCAUCACAUGGUAUGGUAGGGCACAGGAUCACCAGUCAAUAUUGUGACGUAUACCAGUGACAGUUUCCAGGAUCUGCAAUGUAGUCAGUUGGAAUUGUUCCUGCUUAUUGCUCGGGAAAAUGAACAAGUAAAGCUUAGAAGAAACAUCGUUCUCUUGGGCAAUGAAGCCCCCCCCCCUCCCCCCCCCUAAUCCCUGAUACUAAUAAAGCACAUCCAAAGCUGAUUUUAGGCGGACAGUGUUUAACAUGCAGGUGUGAUUCAGAUCAAGAUGUUUCUGUAGUAUGCACUCGUUUUAAAAAACUGCCACGGAGAAGAUUUUGCGUUGAUAUAUCUUCAGAACAGAGCUAACGCGUUUUGAGGAUGGGAACAUGUUAAGACGUUGAGAGGUAUUGACCUUUGGACUCCCAACAGCGUAGAGGAGAAGGCCAGGUUUUUCUCAAUUGAUGCCUGUCCCACAUUUUAAACAAGAAUAUCUUUUGUUACUACUAAACAAAUUAAAAACAAAAAAACAAAACAAUGCUGCAUUUUGUCAGAUGCCCAUCGAAUGAGAAACUGUGAUGUUUUUCCUUUUUCUACAAAACGUUUGUGGAGUUUUCUUUGUUUUCCAUCUCUCCAUUACGACUGUCAUCCUAAAGUUUGGACGUGUUUAACACCCGAUUCAAUGUUUUUUGUGCCAUUUUGGGUUUUUGUUGGUAAUUUGUAUAUUUAGCUUGUAUUUUCAGAAACAGGUUGUGUGUUAUUUCCGUAUGGAAGGCCUAUUUAAAGUUUUGAUGGGCCGAGUUGUAUUUGUUGUUUUUUUCACACAUUAAUUUGAGGCUUUAAUUUGAUUAGUAUUUGAUAGGUUUUCAAAAGGACACAAUCAUCUAGUAUCACAUUGAAACGAGAAACAAACCUAGUUUGUAUCAAGUAAAGCCAACUAAAAUCACUUUUUAUCAAAUUUUGACACUCUUCAAAAUAAAUGCCCAUCAACUAACGUUUGGUUGGCAUUUGGCAACGUUGGUUUUUAAUGUAGUAGCUGUUUUUAUGCCACCGGUAGCCACAGACACAUCCAUCUUAGUUAAAGACAGUGGACACUAUUGGUAAUUGUCAAAGACUAGUCUUCACAGUUGGUGUAUCUCAGCUUAUGCAU